CCCCAGUCGGCCGACCUCUAGUCUUAGCGACCAACUUCAUUUCAUCAGAAGUCAACUUCAAGCGUCAAUUUCGGAGCCGGGCAAUAAGGCCGCGAUGAGUUGCAGACGACGAAAAAUGGAAGCACCUGCAACCGCUCUGCGUCCUUACCAACUGGAACUAUCAACACCAGCUAAGGAAGGGAAGAAUACCGUAGUCUUUGCUCCAAAAGGUGGUGGUAAGACUCAAGUUGCAAUGGACAUCAUUCUGGGCCACUUGGAAAGGCGUGCUACGUCGAAUACAGGAAGGUGCGUCUUCUAUCUGGUAAAUUCGUCCCUGCGGAGGAACACAAUUAAAGAUGUCAUAUCCAAACACACUGAUCAAUAUGCUGUCUAUGGUGGUGGAGACACUGGUGAUGAGGUUGCAUUGAAGACAUUGAUGACGGAAAAGUGCGUAAUUAUCCUUACAGCGCAAGUUUUGCUGAAUCUUCUUGUAGCCGAAAAUCCUCACAGGUUGUCACUGGAGGAGUUGUCUCUGAUAGUAUUUGAUGAGUGUCACAGAGCAGCCAAGGGACAUUGCUACAACAGCAUCAUGGGGCAUUACCUAAAAGCCAAGAUGGAACAGCCCGGUAAAAGACUACCCCAAGUGGUUGGCCUCACCUCUACACUGAACGUUGGACCAAGAGACGACAUGAGGAGAGCUGAGGACAACAUCAAGAAAAUAUGUGCUCACUUAGCUGCCGAGGCCCUUUCAGUUGUAAUGGAGAACGCAGACGAUCUUGGCAGUUACCUCGGCAUCUAUCCAGUACUGGAGGAACUGGAAAUACCCCAGCGGGAGGAUGAUCAGUGUCACAAAAUCAUCGCUGAACACAUGAGAGCAAUUCAUGAGAAAAUGGAACAGAUACAAGAAACUCCUGAAAUCCGCGGACAGAAAAAGGAACGUUUGGAGCGGUCUCUGAAGAACUCGCCAGAGGAUUUCGGAAGUCGCUAUUACAACCGCUGGAUAAAGAAGAUGCAAUUCUCUGUUAAAACAAUCAAAAACUGUCCACAGAAGCAGGAAUUGAUUGAUUACAGCGGUUAUCUCAUUAUGUACAACCAAGCCCUGAUUAUCAAUGCCCAGGCACGGACAAAAGAUGCACUCUUGUUCCUCAAAGAAGAAUCUCAUGCAAGAGCAGUCGCCGCCGAACAGCAAGGCCAAUCAUUGCCUCCGGAGGUUAUUGUGACCAACCGUUGGCUGGUGCAGGAAUACACUCAAGAAAAUGGUAUCAAAGAACGGCUGACAGCCAUAGCAGACGACGAAAGAUACGACAAUCCCAUGUUGGCCUUGUUAAAGCAGAAGCUCCAAGAACUGUGCCAGGCAAACGCCAAGGGUAUCUUUGUAGUUGAGACGAGGGCUGCCCCACAGCGCUUACAGCAGUGGAUGUUAUCAGAUCAAGAACUUAGAAAUCUUAAGCCAGUGGUGAUGUCGGGUGAUCGUCGGGCUGUUGAUGACCUAUCUCGCAUCCUUAUUACCUCUGCUGGUCAAGAGAAGGACAUGCCGGAGUGUGCGUGGGUCAUAAGGCUGAUGUAUUCAACUAAACGGAUUGAGGUGAUCAGAGUUAAAGGUAGUGCCUGUAAUGCGUCCUGGUCGUAUUCUGAGCUUGUUUCGGGUGCUGUCCUCAACCAAGCUGCGGCAAAUGUUAGCCAGAUGGAAAGCACAAGCUUCAUGCAAGCAAUGGAAGACAUCCAGAGGGUCGAAUUGAAAAGCCUAGAGAGGAAACUACAAAACGUGGAAAAGGAACGGGAGAAUAUGAUAAAGACGUACAAACUGCACUGUCUCCGCUGUAACACGUUCGUUUGCAACUCUACGGAGCUCCGCAUUUAUAACACGAACCAUCGCACCAGCAUCACAAGAGGAUUGUCCAAUCUCUACAAGCUGAAGCCACACCCGAAAUCUGUCGCCUACAGAGACAUUGUCAUCAAAGAAAAGCUUCAUUGCGGAAAGUGCGAGCAUGAUUGGGGAAAUUUCGCAAGAAUAAUGGAUCUGUGGAUGCCCGUUUUGAAGCCAGAGGGUUUCGUGUUUGUUUACAGUCGGGAGCAUGCCACAUACAAGACCUGGAAGCAGGUUCCUGUGGAUGUCAAGCCUCUGGCGGAUCUGGAGAAAGACAUCAUUCGAGAGCAGUAUGGUUAGAUGACGUUCGGGGCCAGUAUGACUCAGAAUGCAGAGAUAGUAUGAAUAGCAUGACGAAAUAGUUUUUUAUGGAGUUAACGAUUGAGCAACUGAGGCUGAGAGCAUAAACUUGGGUCAGAGGGUUUUUAGCCGUGGAUCCACAUGUCGAUCUUGUUCUGAAAAAGAUGGCAUAUGCCAAUGACAAUUAUCAUUUACCCACUUACUGGUUAGCUUAUACAAUGUAGAAGUCUUAGUUGUGGUGUUAAUUAUCGAGGCCAGGCAUGGUCCGUCAUCGGCCGGGCCUUACACAAAACCACUCCAUGAAAAUAUGCUGAAAAGCUUUCACAAUGCGCAGCGUCUUGAAAUAUUGUCCCAACCUUAACGACGCCAUGGACCUUUCGUUAAACACCACUAUACGUCGUGAGAUUCUAUAAAUACGGUUCACAAAGUCAACCAUAUAUAACGUUUUUGUAACUUAAACAGCCAAUGGCGAAUCCCAUCAUCUGAAUGUGAGGACAUGUACAACCUGGUACAACCUGAACUUCGAUCAGGUCAACACUCGGCAACGUGUGUGAGGAGAGGAGGAUACGACUGACUCUACUCGAGGAUGAGACACGUACCUCUUUCCCCAAUGCAGACUACAAUUUGGCUGUACUUGGCUUUCUCCUCAUGGAAAUCUUUUUCUUCUUGUUCAUGGCACGAUAAAUGUUUAUUAUGAGGUUUGAUGUGUACAUCAUCAUGUAUCUUGCACUGUAUUAAAUACAUGUACAUACGGUCCUGUUUUUGCAAAUAUUCGUCAAGAAGUAAUGCAAUCAUACAAACCUAGUUUAUUUCUUAUUACCUUUUUAAAUAAUUAUGUUGAUACAGCUAAGGGUUUCCCACAAACGUGCAUUUUCGAAGAGAUUCCGUGAUGCGGAAUUGUAAUUUCCAUGUGCCCAAAAUUGAUGUCACAACCAGAAUGCAGAGAUGAUUUCGCUUUCAGGUCGGUGACAGUUUCUUUCAUCAGACUAUCCACUGGUUGUGACAUUGUCUCAGUGGAGAGUUGCUUGUAAAAGCAGCCAUUUCUGAUUAUAGUUGGUGAUAAGUUGCUCUCAGUUACAUUGAUGGGCAUGCAACAGCUGGUUGUGACGCAGCUAGCGGGCGCGGGCGGCGAAUUCACAAUUCCCAAACUGAACUGACACUUAGAAUAAUUCUCGGAGUUUGAUUGGCUAAUCAUGGUCACGUGGUGUAGCCUUAACCGCGCACACUUCUUCAGCGAUCUGCGGGCAUCCUUUGGCGUGGGUUCGAAUCCGCCAUUGGGAUAUUUUUUUCUUUUCUUUUUUGCUUUCAUUUAUAUCUUAUAUCAUGUAUGAUAACUUUUUAACAUGUAUUUUCAUUUUUUAGAUUGUA